AUGGGAGGGGAAUUCGGAACUUCUCUUCCUGAGAUCCCUGUUGAGUUUCUGCAGGAGAAGGAAGUAUUCAAAGAAUUUAUCUACCGCAUCAAUACUUUGGGAUGGACAAGUCGCACCCAGUUUGAGGAGACUUGGGCCACACUGCUUGGAGUUCUGGUCACUCAGCCUAUUGUAAUGGACCAAGAAGACCAGCAAGAGGAGGACACAGAGCGAACACAAAUAAAUGUCCUGGCUGUACAAGCCAUCACUUCCCUGGUCCUCAGUGCUAUGACUAUUCCCUCUGCUGGAAACCCAGCCAUCAGCUGCCUGGAGCAGCAGCCACGGAAUAAGACCCUGAAAGCCCUGGAUACCAGGUUUGGCAGGAAACUGAGUGUUGUUCGAGGGAUAGUAGAGGAAGAAAUCCAGGCGUUGGUAUCUAGAAGGGACAACAUUGCCACGCAUCAUGCUUGUCAAGCCUGGGAUCCCGUGCCUUGCUUAUCUGCUGCAACCACAGGAGCACUGAUUAGCCAUGAGAAGCUGCUACUGCAGAUCAACACAGAGCGAGAAAUCGGAAACAUGAGCUAUAAGUUGGGUCAGGUCUCCAUCCACUCAGUUUGGCUUGGGAACAAUAUUACACCACUGAGACCAGAGGAGCUAGAUGAAGAUGAGGAGGAUGAGAAUGAUACUCCAGCACCAUCAUCACCCCCUAUAUCUCCAAUUAACUCCAGGAAACAUCGGGCUGGAGUGGACAUACAUUCCUGUUCACAGUUUCUCCUUGAGCUGUACAGCCAGUGGAUUCUGCCUGCUAACACUGGGAAGAAGACUCCAGUCAUCUUGGUCAGUGAGGUUGUGAGAUCGCUGCUGGCGGUAUCUGAUUUAUUCACGGAGAGGAACCAGUUUGAGAUGAUGUACACAGCUUUAACUGAGCUCCAGAAACAGCAUCCAUCCGAGGAUGAAAUUCUUAUUCAGUAUCUGGUGCCUGCAAUCUGCAAGGCGGCUGCCGUGCUGGGAAUGGAUAAAACUAUAGCAGAGCCUGUCAGCCGACUACUGGAGAACACACUACGAAGUACCCACAUGCCCAGCCGCAUUGGAGCUCUACAUGGCAUUCUGUAUGUGCUGGAGUGUGUGGACCUCCUGGAUGACACAGCCAAGCAACUCAUACCCAUCAUCAGUGACUACCUGCUGUCCAAUCUGAGGGGCAUUGCACACUGUGUAAACCUGCACAACCAGCAACACAUUCUGGUAAUGUGUGCGGCUGCCUUUUACUUGAUUGAAAACUACCCGUUGGAUGUUGGGCCAGAUUUUACUGCGGGCAUCAUACAGAUGUGUGGAGUGAUGGUAUCGGGGAGUGAGGAAUCCACACCCUCCAUGAUAUACCACUGUGUACUGCGAGGUCUGGAGCGCCUCCUGCUAUCUGAGCAGCUUUCCAGGCUGGACGGUGAGGCAUUGGUGAAGCUCAGUGUGGACAGAGUGAAUAUGCACAGCCCACACAGGGCCAUGACUGCCUUAGGACUGAUGCUGACAUGCAUGUACACAGGUAAAGAGAAGAUCAGUCCUGGUCGUACUACAGAUCCAAGUCCUGCGGCCCCGGACAGCGAGUCUGUCAUUGUUGCCAUGGAGCGUGUAUCUGUGCUUUUUGACAGAAUCCGGAAGGGAUUUCCCUUCGAGGCAAGGGUGGUGGCCAGGAUUCUUCCACAGUUCUUAGAUGACUUUUUCCCUCCUCAAGAUGUAAUGAAUAAAGUAAUUGGAGAGUUUUUAUCCAAUCAGCAACCCUACCCACAAUUCAUGGCAGCUGUUGUUUACAAGGUGUUUCAGACGCUACAUGCCACUGGUCAGUCCUCCAUGGUGCGUGACUGGGUGAUGCUCUCCCUCUCCAACUUCACACAGAGAACUCCGGUGGCCAUGGCAAUGUGGAGCCUCUCCUGCUUUUUUGUCAGUGCAUCUACCAGCAAGUGGAUUUCUGCAAUUCUUCCACAUGUGAUCAGCCGAAUGGGCAAGUCUGAACCUGUGGACGUCAACUUGUUCUGUUUAGUGGCCAUAGACUUUUACAGGCACCAGAUUGAUGAAGAGCUGGACCGCAGGGCCUUCCAGUCAGUGUUCGAGCUGGUGGCUGCACCAGGAAGCCCGUAUCACAGCCUGCUGAUGUGUUUGCAGAAUGUGAAUAAGACGACGGUGUUCUAA